GUGUGUGUGUGUGUGUGUGUGUGUGUGUGUGUGUGUGUGUGUAUAAAGGCGAGAGAUUGCCUUUACUUGUGUCAUUACCUGUAAAAAUGGCUCCUCGAUUGCUGACGUCUACUCUUCUCCUGUUGGUGUGCGCAGGUACAGGGACCCACGGCUACUUGUGCGACGACGCCCUUACAAAUUGCCUUGGUGUAGGUUACUAUAACAAAUGCCAUGACUUCUGUGACACCCAGUACUUCACCUGCGAGGAGAUAGGGGGCCCAGGCGUGCUGUCCACCUGCCCCUACGGCCUGGUGUUUAAUACUGACCCUGCCGGAUCUAAUAAGUGUGUGCUGUAUGAAAAUUGCUUCUUUAGCAACGCAGGCUGUGAUGAUUCCGUCGUACCUGUGUGCCAGACCACCUUUGAAUUAAUACCGAAAUGCAGAGAUUGUCAGAAUACGUUCUUUAUUUGUGACGGAACCAACGCCGCUGCAAUUCCAGGGACGUGUGGCGCUGGUCUGGUGUUCAAUCCCAUUCCCUCGCACCCCGCCUGUAUCCCCGAGGACCUGUGCCCCUGUACUGAGCCCCCCUGCUGAGUGGCCGUCGUGUGGCUUCAGCCUGGUGGAGUGUUGGGCACAAUCAGGUCUAGUAUUUGUGAAACUCUUCAACAUUUUGUAAAGUCAUGUCAGGUUAAUUGGCUCUUGUUAACCUGUUUGGAUAAGGAGGGCAGGUUUGUAGCUCAUUAAGUGUCCCUCCUAAGGUUUGCUGCGAAGCCUUGACAUUAUUUCUGUUAGUCUUCAUUCGCUUUAAAUUUUUGAAGAUAUUCUUUUUAUGGUGGGGUGACCAAAACUGUAUUUUGUGUAAGUCUUUAAGAUGACGCCACCGCAAAACACUCAAA